GUCGUGCGAGUGCGGAGAAGGCAUGGGAUCUCAGCACGAAGAACUCGAGAACGGAACCCCUCCGGAGAGAUCCGUGGCCAUCAAUGGCGUCGGCGCCGGUCGUUCUUCGCUCAUCUUUCUUGGCACGGGUUGCUCCACUGCCGUCCCCAACGCUAGGUGCUUGAUCCGCCCCACCGACCCUCCCUGCUCCGUCUGCUUCCAAUCGCUCUCCGUCCCUCCGGAGCGCAAUCCCAACUACAGGUGUAAUACAUCCCUUUUGAUUGAUUACUGCCAGGAUGAUGGUAUACACAACUAUAUACUGAUUGAUGUUGGAAAGACCUUCAGAGAGCAAGUUUUGCGGUGGUUCACCUACCAUAAGAUUCCUCAAGUAGAUUCUAUUAUUUUGACCCAUGAACAUGCAGAUGCAACUCUUGGCCUUGACGAUAUUCGCGUAGUUCAACCAUUCAGUCAUACAAAUGAUAUUGAUCCAACACCUGUUUAUCUUACCCAAUAUGCGAUGGACAGCCUCGCACAAAAAUUUCCUUACUUGAUGACGAGAAAGUUGAAAGAAGGUGCAGAAGUGAGGCGUGUUGCCCAGCUUGACUGGAAUAUAAUUGAAAAUGACCCCAAUGCAAAAUUUGUGGCAUCUGACCUAGAGUUUACCCCUUUGCCUGUGAUGCAUGGUGAGGAUUAUGUUUGUCUGGGCUUCCUUUUUGGACAAAAAUCAAGAGUCGCAUAUAUUUCAGAUGUUUCACGCUUCCUUCCUAGCACUGAGAAGCUUAUUUCAAAAUCUGAAGGCAGGCAGCUUGAUCUUUUAAUUUUGGAUACACUAUACAGGAAGAAUUCUCACAAUGUUCACCUUUGCCUUCCCCAGACUCUCGAUGCCUUGAAGAGAAUAUGUCCCAAGCAGGCCCUGCUGAUUGGGAUGACACAUGAGUUUGAUCACCACCAGGAUAACAUGUUUCUUACAGAAUGGUCAAAACGAGAAGGGAUUCAAGUGCAGCUAGCUCAUGAUGGUCUGCGAAUGUUCAUUGAUCUGUAAUUAGAAAUUGAAAGACUCCACGACGUCACGCUGAUGCCUCCCGGAAGGAGCUGCAAAUGCUGAGACAUGGUCCAAUGAUACAUACGUUUCUUUUUGACUAAUUUCUUUCUUUACCAGAAUUGUAUACCCAUGAGAUAUUGUAUUGCUAGUCAUACUGUUACACCGAUACGAAUAAAAUACAACUAUGCUGAUAAUAUUGGAAAGUUAUAAUUCUUUUUUUUUUCAA